AUGGAUCCCAGAACAGGAAGAUGUGGGAUUGAGGAAAGAGCCUGGGAGAUUUUAAUAAAAACUACCUCUCUCUUUCCCUUGACACCAAAGAGGAAGGUUGAGAAACAGAAAUCCACAAUUCACAAAGAGUUUGUGAAGCAGAAAAAUUUCCUAGCUAAAGAAGAACAGAGACAGCUGCAGGAGCUGGGGAAGAAUGAGAGAGAACAGCUGAGACUCCUGGGGAACGCACAGGCUAAGCUGAACCAGCAGAGGCAGAACCUGCAGAAGCUGAUCUCAGAGGUGGAGCACAGGAGCCACAGCUCACCACUGGAGCUGCUGCAGGAGGUGAAAAUUGUCCUGGAAAGGAGUGAGUCCUGGAACCUGAAGGAGCUGGAUAUUGUCUCCCCAAAGCUGAGGAGUAUGUGCCAUGUGCCAGGAGUGAAGAAGAUGCUGAGGACGAGUGCAGUGCACAUCACUCUGGAUCCAAACACAGCCAACUCGUGGCUCAUCCUUUCAAAGAACCGGAAACAAGUGAGGCUGGGAAACACUCAGCAGGAGGUGUCUCAGAAUGAAGAGAGGUUUGAUAAUUAUCCCAUGGUUCUGAGUGUGGAGUCCUUCCACUCUGGAAAACGUUACUGGGAGGUAGAUGUGACUGGAAAGGAGGCCUGGGACCUGGGGGUUUGUAGCGAUUCAGCACAAAGGAGGGGAAUUUUUCUACGCAACUCUGAUAGUGGCUUCUGGACAAUUGGGUUGUGGAGCAAACACAGAUAUGAGGCUAGCACCUACCCCGUGACUUCCCUCCACCUUCAGGUGGCUCCACGUCGAGUUGGGAUUUUCCUAGACUAUGAGGCCGGCACUGUCUCCUUCUACAACAUCACUGACCAUGGCUCCCUCAUCUUCAUCUUCUCUGAAUGUGCCUUCACUGGACCUCUACGGGCCUUCUUCAGUACUGGUUUCAAUGACAAUGGAAGAAACGCAGCCCCUCUGACCCUCUUUCCCUGAAGAUUAAACAAUAGGGACCCACUAACUGUUGAUGGGGCUCUCUGGGCACUGCCACCCUCCCCAUUGGAACCCCUUCUCAGCCUCAGACAUGCCCUUUUUUCUCAUGAGCUGUGAACCACAUUUGUCUCUACAGAGGCAUCAGGAUCCCAGCCAGCAGGCUUUAGUGGCAAGGUCUCUUCAAUACCAAUAUUCCUGCCCCCUAUUGCUUUCUGAUUCUCUCCAGGAUCAACCAAAAAUGUGAUCCUUCCUUCUUCAUGUGACUUCAGUUUUGUUCACUCCUCUCUAUCUCUAGGUUGUUGCCUUCGGUCCAAUCUCUAUUAUAUCUUGGACGGUUUGCAAGGGCUUACUGAAAAACUGGUACUUUAAUCUAUCCCAUUCUGUCCUUCUUCCUUAAUCUUGAAAUAAUUGACAGCUCUGAAUAUAAUUAAUAAUGAUGUAUCUACAACAUUGUUUGUGGUGUUUCUGCCUGGACUGCCUCCCCACCCAUCAGCAUCUACAUUUGGAAGUUUUGGCUGGGACAGAAGACCCUGGUUGAGAGUCUGUUGCGUAACUCCCCACAGCAGCCAUUGUGACAGCAGCCAUGUGACUCUUAUCACUGCCUGAGUGCGUGCUACCCCCUCACUGUAAGGGAUCUACUGUUUUUGAAAGAUAAAAGUUCUUCUGGGGCUGGUA